UGCCACCGAUGACCUAAAAAGUUUGAAUGGUUAUUAGAUCUGAACAUUUAUUUCGGUAGCAGUAGACAAAAGCAAUUGGAGCGGAAAAUCAAUUUUCCGUUCAAUUAGUUUGAAAAGGAAAAACAUUGCGUCUCGAUUGUGGCGGAUUCCCGUGGAUAGACCACCAGUGAUGGGAUAAUCGCGGAAAUGCGGGGAAAUGCAUUUGAAAAAUAAAUCUCGAAUGAAGGAUUCGAGCCGAGGGACUUCUCACGUAUUCCCCGAGGCCACCACGAAAUCGGCAACCAUCGGCUGGCAUCGGCAGAGGCCACUUUCCACUCGGAUACCUGUUAACCCACUUGAAUCAGUCUCUGAACUACUUUGGAGAAAGGAUCAUCUGUUUUUUCUUCUUCUUGCCGAUUUCAUCCGCUGGAUCCCCGAUUUUUUUUUCCUCCACUGGGAUAAAAGUAGAACGUCGAUCGUCAUUGAAGCCUCAUCCCCCGAUGAUGACGUCUGGAGGUGAAAAAUUGGUGUUUAAAUCGUAUCCGGAUGCGAGGAGAGACUGCCGAUUUCUCUGACUCGCUCCUUCUCGCAUUGACUCUCAUUGAUCACGUACUGUCCAGGUGAUUUUAAUAGUGAGUGUUUAUCAUGGGAAUUGAGAGAGUGACACUUGGAUAAUCUGCUCGGAACAAUUGAUUGAAAAUGAAAGGGUGGUUCGAUGCGUUCAGAAAUGAUGGGGGCCCCACACUCUACAGCUACAGCAAUCGGACACCUGUCACUGGGGAUAUUCACCUGAUAACUAUAUUCAUUGUCUUCUGCACGAUAUUCGCUGCCUUCCUCAUCAUAUUCCCCGGGAUACGGAAAGAGAGAGUCACGACGUUUUUCACGGUGACCCUGAGUCUCUUCGUGGGGGCCAGCAUCCAAGUUGCCCAAUACGGCUCGACUUGGCACACGACCUCGUCCCAAAUCGUCAGCAGUUAUAGCGUCUUCUCCAGGCACCGGACACACGCUGAAAUCGGUGGUUUCAUCGGUCUCAUGCACAUCAACAUCACGUACAGAUUGCUGGGAAAUGACGAGGGUAACCUGGAGGGAGAGGACGUGGAGUUUAACGAGAGAUUCUGGUGGAGGAGCCCCACAGAGAUGAGUGAGGCCUUCAAAUUGUCUCUCCAUCGGGGAAUGCCAUUUCCCAUUAUUUCCCUGGCUGAGUAUUUCAGUCUUCACCAGGAGGGAUUCUCCUGGGGUACACGGUACCGAGAGGCUGGACACUGGGCCUCCAUUAUACUCUGGACGAGUUUCGCUGCCUGGAUUCUAACGAAUCUCCUCCUCGUGGUGGUCCCCAGGUAUGGGGCAUACGGUAUGAUUUUCACAGGGAGUCUGAUGCUCCUGACGAGUCUCACGUACUGGUCCCUGUUACCCUGCGACCCCCUCGUCGCUCACAUCGACGGCUCCAUCCUCGUCUUCAACUUCGGCUGGAAUUAUUGGCUACUACUCGUGGCCGGGGCUGGCUGCGUCCUGGGGGGCACUGUCAUUGCCAUAAUUGACUUGAUAUUCCCUCAUCAGUUCUCAACAAUUCUCGAGGUUGAUUACGAUACACCGUACGACAGGCACGUAAUCAUCGAGGAGAGUUUCGACACGAGAAAUGUUGGAAAUAAAUUACCCAAGAUCGAUGACGACCUCGAUGAGAGGAUCAUCAUGAGUAAAAUGGGAAAGAUGGUGAGUAGCCAGUCGAGCAGUCGAGGUAUUGUGAACCAGGGCUAUGAGGCCCCAGACUACCAUCGAGACGCCGACGCCUCGACGAUGAUGAACCACUGGGCGUAUCCCUUCCCCCCAGUCACCCGCAGGAUCGACUGACAUUCCAACACAGUCCUCCAAUAAAAUAAAUUCAUUCCAUACCAAAUAUCGUAUAAAAUCUAUUUAAAGAGGUUUAUAUACAAUUUUUAAAUAAAUUUUUAUCAAUUCGA